ACACUUGUUUUCUAUCGACGGUUCGUCCAUUAAAGGAACCGCAAACCGGACGGAACCGACACCGGAAAUGUUACCGAAAGGUCGCGUUCAGUGCUCACCGCGGCGGCUAGUUAGCAGCUAGCUCCAACACAGAGCCCCAGAGACCAGUACCCCCCCCCACACACCUGCCCCAUGUCUGAGCUGUGGGCCUGCAGCUAGCCUGAAGGUUGGACCUAUCCAAUGACCUGCCAGUCCUCCGAGUCCACGGACACCAUCGAUGGCGACAGACGAGCAGACAGCAGCUCCAGCUCUGUGGGGUCAGACGAGAGCCGCAUCGCCUCGGCCAUGAAGGACCUGAGGAACACAGGCUGGUACUGGGGCGGUCUGACGGCUAAUGAGGCCAAGGAGGUUCUGCAGGACGCGUCGGAGGGGACGUUCCUGGUGCGAGACAGCUCCCAGAGGGACUUCCUGUUCACCAUCUCGGCCAUGACAUCGGCCGGUCCCACCAACCUGCGCAUCGAGUACAAGCACGGGAAGUUCAAGCUGGACUCUGUGGUGCUGGUGAAGCCCAAGCUGAGGCAGUUCGACAGCGUGGUCCACCUGGUAGAGCACUAUGUCCACCUGUCCCGGACAGGGGACAAGACGCCGUCAGACCCCCGUCCCAACGGCACGGUGCAGCUGCUGCUCACCCGGCCGGCGUACACGGCGCCGCCGCUACUGCAGCACCUGUCCCGCAUCGCCAUCAACCGCAGGACCCGGCGGGUGGAGGAGCUGCCGCUGCCCAACAGGCUAAAGGACUACCUGACGGAGUACGGCUACAAGGUGUAGCAACUCCCAGCAUGCACUGCUCCCAUGGUCCCCGAGGUCCUCCUGAAGUACUAGUGCUGUAGUGUUCUGCAGUAAGUACCUUUUCUAAAUAUCUAAGCCAGAGGCUGUUCUCAAACUAAACUAAACUGAUGCUAAACUGAUCAAUACUAUGGAUUCACUGUCUUCACACCUUCAAAUGCCUCGUUUUGUCCUCCACUCAAAGACAUGCAGUCCUCAGAUCUUCUCAUUGGAGGAAGUGGAAUCAUCAGGUCUUUCUUUAGAACGACCUUUUAUUAAAACCUCUAUUGAGUUACUAUUAAAACCCCGGUUCUAUGAAACUGACUGAAGAACCUGGACCUCCAGCAGUCAAUGGUUUUAUACUUCUUCAUUAGAGCCAGAAUGCUUCUUACUGGAUGUUUGAAGACCUCAGAGAGGCGGACCUUGGAGAGGAGGACUUCAGAAAACAUCUAAUUAAACCAAAAGCUCUGUUUAUAACAAGCUUGUGUUUAGUCUAUAAUCAGGAAGAUGUUACCUGCUAAACUUAUUUAUGAAUAAAUCUAUUUCAAUCACGUAUUUAGGGAAAGCAGAGGUUUUAGUUUUUUGAAUUAUUAGUUAUUAUAAUAAUGAUCAGAUCACUUUUGAGAAACACUGGUGUAAAUAAACAUGCUUUUGUUUGAUAACUCAUUUCAAUUAAAGGUUUAAAGCACACGUGUCAAACUCAAGGCCCGCAGCAGUGUGAGUGAGCGCCUGCGUUAGGCACCAGGUGGUGAUCCACCAGGUGGUGAUCCACCAGGUGGUGGUCCACCAACGCAGUGCGUAGAUCCCUUCCAUUGGAAAUAUAAAGAUCGCCGAUAAAGUGUGGGACCCCCCCCCCCCCCCCCCCCCGUCCCUAACCUAAAAUGAGUUUGACACUACUGGUUUAAAAGGGUUUGUUUGUUUCCACAAUAAAAGAAAAGCUCAAUUUAAAGCCAAAUAUACAUCAAAAUGUGAAUUAUUUAUUAUUGGAAACUUUCAUUUUUCUAUAUUUGCUUAGUUGGAAACUAGAUCUUUCUCUAAAUUUGACCAAAGUACAUCAUUGUUUAAAUGGACGUUACCUGCAUGUUACAGCAAAGUACUAAAGGUUAAAGAAUUCUACAUUUAAUGAAGUUAAUAUUGACAUAAAUAAAGACUAGACCUAAAACAGAAAAGCUUGGCUUCAUGUUUCCUUUUUCCAGGAAAAGGUUUCAGAUCAUCAUCUUCACCAUCAUCAUCCUCAGCUCUCAGCGGAGGGCUCUGAUUGGCCGACAGACGUCCGUGAGGUUUGGUUUAGGAGAAUUUUAGCAGAAGAACGUAGAAAACAGACUGCAGAAUGGUGGACUUUGUCCUCGCUGGGUGGAGACCAGCAGCUCCGUGGACCAAUCAGAUCACAGGAAAACUGUCCUCUGUCCUCGUGGGGUGUGGACCAAUCAGAUCACAGGAAAACUGUCCUCUGGGACUGUGGACCAGAUCACAGGACAGAAUGUUUUGAUGGAGAAGCCCUGAACGCAGCACUAAUCCAAACAAGUCCAAUAAGCGGAAAUGAUGACUCAGCAGGUUGUGAACGUGUGAAUCCACUUCCUGUAAACCAGACUCCAUUUAACAAAUGAACAUUUGAAGGAUUCCUUGUUGCUACGAGUGUGAGCUCAUGAACUUUCUUCAAAUGUUUCUGUGACUCCGAACCAAAUAUCAGAACCCGAAGGACUAGUUUAAACGUCUUUGUCUAAACGGAGGACGAUCCUUUGUCCUCGUCUUCGGUGGAAGUGAAGACAUGUUUAUGAGCAGUGAAGCCUU